GUCAGGCAGCGGCUCACUCAGGAAAUUCAAACACAGAGCCGUCCACAACACAGACACACGCAUCUCUCUGCUCCAAGGUCACCGCGCCUUCACGGCAGCCUGCACAGGACACACACACACCUCCAUUCCCCCCACAGUGAAUAGUCAGUGUUGAGGUGGGCCAGUGAUGCCGCCCCCAGCCACGAAUUCCCCCGCCGUGCCCCCACCAGACGGCGGUUGGGGGUGGGCUGUGGUGUUGGCAUCUUUCAUCUCCAUAGGCUUCUCGUACGCUUUCCCCAAGGCCAUCACAGUCUUCUUCAAAGACAUCCAGGUCAUCUUCGAUGCCUCCUACAGUCAGAUCGCAUGGAUCUCCUCCAUCAUGCUUGCGGUCAUGUACGCUGCAGGUCCCAUCAGCAGUAUACUGGUCAACACGUAUGGCUGCAGGCCCAUUGUCAUGAUGGGGGGCUGCCUUUGUGCCACUGGCAUGAUCUUAGCCUCCUUCUGUACCAGCGUGGUGCAGCUUUACCUCUGCAUAGGAGUUAUCGGUGGACUUGGACUAGCCUUCAACCUGCAGCCAGCGCUGACUAUGAUAGGCAAAUACUUCUACAAGAAGCGACCCAUUGCCAACGGCUUGGCAAUGGCAGGCAGUCCAGUGUUUCUCAGCUCCCUGGCUCCUCUUAACCAGUACCUCUUCAACCAGUUUGGAUGGAGAGGCAGCUUCCUUAUACUGGGUGGCCUGCUGCUGAAUUGCUGUGUGGCUGGUUCCCUUAUGAGGCCUCUGGGACCACCACCCAGCAAGCUAAAGAAGGACGAAGAGUUAGCCGCUGUUGCCACCACAACAAAAGAGAAGCGCACUGCCUGGCAAACACUCAACAAGUACUUGGACUUGACACUCUUCAAGCAUCGCGGCUUCCUCAUAUACCUGUCAGGUAAUGUGAUCAUGUUCCUCGGCUUCUUUGCACCUAUUGUCUUCCUUGCAGCCUACGCCAAAGACACUGGUGUGGAUGAGUACUCAGCUGCCUUCCUGCUCUCAAUUCUGGCAUUCGUUGACAUGAUUGCCAGGCCCUCCAUGGGGCUACUGGCCAACUCACGGUGGAUCCGCCCCAAGAUCCAGUACUUCUUUAGCUUUGCAGUGCUGUACAAUGGGGUGUGCCACAUCCUUUGCCCACUGGCGGAAGGCUACACUGGUCUGGUGGUGUAUGCAAUGUUCUUUGGCUUUGCCUUCGGCAUGGUCAGCUCAGUGCUGUUUGAAACACUCAUGGACCUGGUUGGGGCUCAGAGGUUCUCCAGUGCUGUUGGACUCACCACCAUUGUGGAAUGCUGCCCGGUUCUCAUUGGGCCACCUCUAGCAGGCAAACUGGUCGAUCUCACAAAAAACUACAAGUACAUGUAUUUUUGCUGUGGAGCUGUCGUGAUUUUGGCCAGUAUUUGGCUCUUCAUUGGAAACUUCAUUAACUACAGACUCUUGGAGCGCGAGCGCAAGCAAGCAGAGAUGUACAAACGGACUGAGACGGAAGAUCCAGAUCACGUUCAGGAUAAGAAGGAGGCUGAUGGGGAAGCCCAAGCGUCGGAGGAGCUGGUCGACAAAACUGAAAAGGGUGAUGAACCUAUGCAGCGGGAAACCAACAUCUAGAUCCUUCUGCUCUGCCAAUAGGUCACCUUCACCUCCGCGUCAGCCUCGCAACACCCUUCAUCACGAUCAAACUGAGCUCCAAGCCAAGAGGUGCCUGUCAGUGUUCCACCAGGCUCUAUUUGGGGUCCUCUGCACUUGUCUAAAACUAACUGCCAAAGCAACAACUGUGUUGUAAAAGGCUGUGAGGCAUAGUAUCUGUUUGUCAAAGAGCAUCAGCUGUGACUUUAACAGAAAUAAUAACCACUGAGAAAAGUGUAAGAUACUGUAUACAUAUAAGGAGACUAAAAUUCAGAAAAUGGAAUGGAAAACAGUGUAGUACUAACUAUUUUUUUGUUGCCACGUUCACCUCAUAUCGGAUUUAAUGUAAAUACAAGACUACAACAGCGGGGGGAAAGUACAUUAACCUUGCUACAAUAGGAUUAUAUUUCUAGAGGAACUCCAAAAUUGUGUCAACUCAGAGCUAGCAUUAGCAGCAAAACCCACAGAUGUUGACAGAAAAUUAGAAAAUGAGUUAAAUUCAAAGACAAUCAACUAUGCUUAAGAAAAGUACUACCUGCUAAAUUCCAAUAUUCCAAGCUGUAGCAACAAGCAUCAUUCCUUUCUUCCUAUUGUGUCUUCCGAUAUGAUGUGAAUGCAGCAUCAGCAUGUUGCCACUGUUUAGACAGCACCAGCAAACUGAAUUUAUGUUCAAAAUUAAAUCUCUUCACGACACACUGAAGUCUUGGCAAACAUGUAAAGGUUAAAUAACAAGAGGAAACAGUGGGGACGGCCCAUUGUUCUGACAGCUCAAAAUUCCAAAUCUCUGUUAGUACAAAAUAUUUCCCACUGGACCAAAAGCCCAUUCCUUUGACAGACCAUUAUCCCGACAGCAAUUUCCCAUUGCACCCAAGUUCUGUUUUUUGGAAAAUACAGUCUCUGCAGUUGGACAAUUCAGGUUGGUGAAAAACACCCAGGUUUGGUGGCUCAAAUGCUGCUGGGAAACUGAAACUAACUGCAGGGGGUGUGUAUUUCUGGAGAAACGGGACUUUGGUGCAAUGGGCGUUUGUUUUGAGGAUAAUGAGCUGUCAAAUAAAUUGUCUUUUGGUCCAAU